AUGUACCGAGGACGAUCCAACUCGCUUACUCGCCCAGCCUACGACGAUGGACCGCCAGCGCUUCCGUACGACCGGGAGCGAGGAGUAUUCGACGCUGGAGGAUUGACUGGAGUACCUCAAGCUGAAGGGGAUCCGUUCGAGGCUGCUGUCGCCGAGGGCGACUCUCCUGCUGUCGACUUGAAGGUCGCUUGCCAAGUUCAGGUCCUCGAAAUCCGCACUCGCGUACGUGUGCGCCGAGCGACGUCCUCCUCUCGCCUCGCACCUCCCGCUCGUCGCGUACCGAAGCGAAGCAUGACUCGCAUGGUCCCGCUCAGUCUGGACGGAGCAGAUGAAGGCGAGAAGAACCCCUUCGAGGAGGAGGCGUACGUGGAGGGUCUGAGGAAGGCUGGCUACCUCGAACCGCUCGACGUCUCGAGAAAGGCCAUCAAGGCUCGGUUCACGCACGGCUUGCAGAAGGAGGAGCUCAAGGUGAACCUCGAGGCGUUCCUCGAGCAGGAGGACUUGAAGGCCUUGGGCGACUACAUGGUCCGCUUUAAGGGAACAGCGGCUCAGUCCUGGUCGCCAUAUGUCAGCCUGUUCACGACCUCGCUCCCGACGAGCACCUCGCCUUGCAAGGUCUUUCCCAACAGUGACACGAACGGCUUCUCCACCUGGACUCCGCUCCCAACCUCACCCGGCAACAGCCUCACAUCCGAAUGGGCGUGCAAGGCGCGCAAAUUCUGGCCCGUUCGCGUUGUCUGCGAGGGUCCUGCCGAGACCGAUAUCGUUCCCGGCACGGCGUCCGAGGUGCCGCCUCCUGAGCGUCGAAGGAAGCGCCGCGAUACCUUCCAGCGGGAGAUUGACCUCGACGCCGAGCUGAGGGAGCGCGAGCGAGCCGAGGCGAUGGAGCUGAAGAACAAUACGGACUUGAACUCGCUCACGAACAGCCAGCUCGUCAAGCUCAAGGUCGACACCGACGUGCACAAGUCCAAGUCUGCGUCCGAGAAGGACGACGCGCCGAAGUCGGCCGACUCGCAACUUUCGACACCGACGAUUCUCGCGUCUCUUCAGCAGUUGAAACAGUCGGUGGUCGCUACCGUCACACCGGCGGUCCAGGCUCUUCCAGGCCGCAUCAGCGACCUCAAAGAGUGGUUCGCGCAUCGUCAGUUGCCGGCGCCGUUCUCCGAGGACAUCGAGCGCGAGGAGGAAGAGCUGGAGCGGCGCAAAAGGGAGAAGAGGCGCCGUCGCAAGGAGAGGGAGCGUCGCAAGCGGGAGGAGGAGGAGCAAGCGAUGAGCAUGGGAGACGAGCAGGCGGCGGAGGAGCUCGAGCGGGAGCAUGAGGAGCGGCGGAAGCGAAGGGAGGAGAGGAAGAGGAGGCGCGGCGAGGAGGAGGGGCGGGUCUGA